AUGCUUGUGGCGACCAAUCCAUGUUGGGACACGUCUCAACUGGAUGCCGACGUCGCUGAGGCUGCUUACGUCCAUGCUGAUCUCCCGUCCCUCCCGCCGCAUCCAUACUCGCUAGCUGCGCGUGUAUACCACAAGAUGCUGUGUACGCAUCAAUCACAAUCGAUUUUGUACAGCGGCGUAACAGAUGCUGGUAAGACCCAUUCGAUGGAGCGGGUGACAGAGCACUUGCUAACGCUCUCGGCAUCACACACACAGCACGAAUCCCACAUCGCUGACCAGAUUCGCUGCGCGCAGCACAUCCUGCAUGCGUUUGGACAUGCCAAAACGGCGCUGAAUGAACAGGCCUCGCGGCAUGCUACGUAUUGGGAACUGCACUUUUCUCAAAAAGGUCGGCUGCGUGGUGCCAAAGUACUGGCCUUUGGUUUAGAUAAGCACAGAAUCAGUGACGUCGCACCCAACGAACGAUCAUUUGCUAUCUUUUACCAGCUGCUCGCCGGUGCGUCGCCCAAGGAGCGCUCUGAGUGGGGACUCGACGAGGUGUCGCUCGGAUCGGCGGUCCCAACGCGCGACGAUGCUCGGAUGUUUGAGAGGACGCGCCGUGCCUUCUUGGUUCUCGGAAUCAAAGAAAAGCACAUUCAAGGCAUCUUUCGCGUUCUUUCGGCCAUUCUCCACCUCAAGGACGUGGCCUUUGAUGAUCAUGUCCAAAUUACGUCGCCUGACGCCCUGUCCCGUGCAGCUGACGUGCUCCAGGUGAGUGUGUCAGAUCUGCAGCAGAGUCUCGUCAUGGACACUCAAUACAUAAAAAGUGAACGCAUCACACGCAUGCUGGACAUGCAUGGUGCGAAUCAGCAGCGCAAUACGCUUGUACAGAACCUGUAUGCGGUGCUUUUUGCCUUUGUCGUUGAAAUCCUGAACCAAAAACUCGUGCCUCGCGAACCUGCGCCACGGCACAUCGUGCAGCUCGAUCCGCCUGGCUUUCUUCUCCGUGGAACGCUGCCGAAGGGCGAACAUCGCGCCGCUCACUUUGAUGACCUUGCCAAGAACUACAUGGCCGAUCUGAUACGCCACCUGUCCGUGCGCUCCAUUCUCGAUGCAGAUGGCGAGGUGGGACAGCAGGCUCAGGAUGGCAUCGCGGUGCCCGAGUCCCGCGUGCCGUCGGACUGCAUGUCGCUCUUACGAGGUGGACCUGUGCCUCUCCACGACACAGACAUUCCGCCCACAGAGGGAAUCUUGGGCAAUUACGAACGCGCAUCCCAAGCGGUGCUCGACGGCUCUCGCGGCAUCGACGACGAUGCAGCCCUCUUCCGCGAUCUUGACGUGUCACAUUCGUCGCACCGCGCUUUUCUUGCCACGUGUCAGGACGAAACGUACGCCUACGAAAUCCAGCACGCACUAGGUACGUGUGCAUACUCCAUCGUGGCGCAUCAGCGCUCAGAGCUGGAUCUCAUGCCGACACAGCAGCUGCAGACGCUGCGUGCAUCGCGCUCGCCCUUCGUUGCUCGGCUCUGGGCCGGUCCUGGCCUGGCUAUUGAGUCGCGUCUGUCAGAACAGCAGGUCUUGCUCCGUGCACAGGUCUUGUCGAGCCCAUUACGGCGCCCAACGCGACUCGGACAGCGCCUUCCUUCGCCUGAGCCGCAUAUAUCUGGCGUUUUACAGCAACUCGACUCCACAGUGAUUACCCUCCUGCGUACGAUGUGGCAGGCCGAGACGUGCUGGCACGUCUUGUGUCUGCGAUCCAUGGACCUCGUGAAGCUUUCUGUUUUCGACAAGCGGCGCGUCGCCACCCAAGUGCAUGCGCUGGGCAUCUCGCGCAUCUUGCGAGCCAAGCAGCACAGUUACAUACGUGUACCCCUCGAUGAGUUUCAAGAGCGUUUCGGUUCCGUGGAUCGCAUGGUAGAAAUGCAUGAGUGGACUUCGCCGGAUGAUUAUGCGCUCGGCACGUCGUACGUUUAUCUUGCCUACAACGUGUGGUUCUCGUUGGAUGGCUAUGUCGGCCCGAUUCAUGCCGAGAAUGCCCCGGCACCGACGGUCGACAUUUUGCCCGUCCAGUCGGACAUGUCGAUGUCACAGGCCCCCCUGCUCACACAUGAGCCUGUAGACAGCAAGACGGACGAAUUGGAUAUUCCUAAUGAGACGAUGGGUUGGGACUCGGGCCCGUUGCUGCUGAACAGGAACGUGCCGUUCCAGCCAACUGAGGUGGAAGAAAUCCCUGUCACGCCCAUGCGAAAAUGGUGGGUGUAUCUGACGUGGGGUCUGACAUGGUGGAUGCCUGACUCUGUGCUGAACCAUGUUCUAGGUAAGAAGCGACCAGACGUGCGUAUGGCGUGGCGCGAAAAAGUGACCAUUUGCCUGCUCAUCUUUUUCCUGUGUGCUGUGAUUCUCUUUUACAUUAUUGGUAUCGGGCGUUUGUUGUGCCCUGAUUUCAACAAUGCCUGGAAUGAAGGUCAGUUAAGCGAGCAUGACUCUGGUAAAUCAUUCUUUGUCGCCGUGGCUGGCGACGUUUACGACUUGUCUAAGUUUUACAAGCUGGAUCACUCAGAUAUUCCCUCUCAACCUGUCACAUCAGACGUUAUGAUGGAGUUAGCCGGCAAAGACCUCACGUCCUACUUCCCUGUACCUCUGCAUGCGGGGUGCCCGGGUCUUGUGACGGAUCCUAGUCUGGAGCUGUCGCAACAUCAAAAUCUGACGGCCGAGAUCCCACAAGCUAUACACAAGUCCGGUGCAGCACAGACCUAUGACAAGACGAAGCUCAAAAAUGAAAAUUGGUACUUCCACACAUUCUUACCGCGCAUGAAACCGUACCGCAAGGGCUACUAUGUGUAUGACCGCAAGUCGAUUCGAAGCGAAAGCUCGUGGCGGAAAUGGGCGAUUGUGCAUCACCGCAUCUAUGACCUCAGUAAUUAUGUUUACUCGCAGGAACGGCACCCAGCGGACGACAAAUACUCUUUCCUACCGAACGACCUCGUCGACCUGUUUGAUGCUCAGGCUGGUGAAGACAUUAGCAGCGAUUUCGAUGCGCUUAUGGACAGCUUGCCUUCGAAUCGCCGGCACCAGACGCAGCAGUGUCUCGACAAUGCUUUUCACGUCGGACAAACAGAUUUCCGCCAGGAACCCAAAUGUGUCGUCCAAAACUAUCUACUUUUGUCUUUCUCUGUGCUCAUUUUUUGCUCCAUCUUUGCCAAGUUUCUAAGUGCGCUGCAACUCGCUCACCGACCCACACCUGAGCAGCAAGAGCGCUUUGUCAUUUGCCACGUCCCCUGUUACACGGAAGGCGAAGAGUCAUUGCGCAAAACGAUCGAGUCUCUCGCUGUUCAAGAGUACGACGAUAAACGCAAGCUUUUGUUUAUUGUAUGUGAUGGUAUGAUUGUUGGCAGCGGGAAUGAGCAACCAACACCUCGCAUCGUGCUAGAUAUUCUCGGAGUUGACCCACAAGUGGAUCCUGAGCCUCUGCCAUUCAAGUCUAUCGCAAAUGGCUCCAAGCAGCUCAACUACGGCAAGAUUUAUUCAGGUCUUUUUCACCACGAAGGUCACUCUGUGCCGUUCAUUGUCGUCGUCAAGGUCGGUCGGCCCAGUGAGCGUUCGCGCCCAGGAAAUCGCGGCAAGCGCGAUACACAAAUCUUGUUGAUGCGCUUCCUCAACCGUGUGCACUUUGAUGCACCGAUGUUCCCUUUAGAGCUGGAAUUGUACCAUCACAUGAAAUACGUCAUUGGUGUUGAUCCGACACUAUACGAAUUUGUAUUGAUGGUCGACGCUGAUACGUCGAUUGCUCCGGAUGGCAUGAACAGACUUGUGGCUGCUUCAGUGGAUGACCCACGUACCAUUGCCGUGUGUGGUGAGACGCUUAUGGACAAUGAAGGCACGACAGUAUGGACCAUGAUCCAGGUGUAUGAGUACUAUAUAUCGCAUAAUUUGGCCAAGGCAUUCGAGUCGCUUUUUGGCAGCGUGACAUGUUUGCCGGGCUGCUUCUCGAUGUACCGACUGCGAUCAGCCGAUAAGGGUCGUCCGCUGUUCAUAUCGGACCGCAUCCUGGACGAUUAUUCGGAGAACCAUAUCGACACGUUGCACAAGAUGAACUUGUUCGCCCUCGGUGAGGAUCGUUAUCUUACGACGCUCCUGCUCAAGCAUUUCCCGCUCUACCGCACCAAGUUCCGCAACGAUGCUCAGGCCCAUACAGCCGCGCCCGAGUCUUUUUCUGUGCUACUUUCCCAGCGCCGUCGCUGGAUCAACUCGACUGUGCACAAUCUUGUCGAGCUGGUGCGUAUGAAGGGACUCUGCGGGUUCUGCCUCUUUUCCAUGCGUUUCAUUGUCUUUAUUGAUUUGAUUGGAACCAUCAUCCUGCCGGCUACAGCUGUGUAUAUGGUGUAUUUGAUCGUGACCGUCGCAACGGGCUCGAGUCCUCUGCCCAUCGUCGCCAUUGCGAUGAUAGGCGCGGUGUAUGGUCUCCAGGCCAUUAUCUUCUUGCUCAAGCGACAGUGGCAAUACAUUGGCUGGAUGAUCAUUUACCUGAUCGCUUUUCCCAUCUAUGCUUUCCUUCUCCCGAUUUAUUCUUUCUGGCACAUGGACGACUUUUCGUGGGGUAACACGCGUGUGGUUGUGGGUGAGAAGGGUAACAAGAAAGUGGUGGCAGGCACUGAUGACGAGCCAUACGACGACUCGAUGAUUCCCCGAAAGACUGUGACCGAGUACCAACAUGAACUUUAUGCCCACGAUGCUGAUCCAACGUCGGCGCCGAACGAAACGCUUUUGUACGAAGCCAUGCAGCCAUCUAAGAGUGCCUUGUCGCACUCCUUGACUCCGAUGGUCGAAUCGACAGACAUGGACGAUUACUUCCAGCAUACGAAUCUACUCGAAGGAAAAGGCAAGCGGCAGUCGAACCGACAGUCGACCGCGUCUUGGAUGCCCAUGUCUUCCUUCGGACACGACAGCUAUGCCUCGCAUCCGUCCAUGAUGUUGGGUGGCAUGCCGAUGUACCCCACGCCCUCGAUGAUGCCUCCCCCGCCGAUGUACGGCAUGCCCUCCUUUAUGCCCUCUUUCUCUGACGUACAUGCUUCUAUGUUGAGCGGCAGCGGCGCUGGUGGUAUAUGGGGUGGCAGUUCCUCGGACCACCACUCCGCGACAUCGCUUCCCAUCGACUAUACUGAGGAUCCAACAAACGAGCAGAUUCGCUCCCAGAUCCGCUCGUACCUGGCAGCCCAGCCGAGCCUGAUACAAGUCACCAAGCGACAUGUUCGUGACGCAGUGGCAGCAUCCAUGCCGAACGCUGAUCUAUCCACGAAGAAAGCGCUUAUGAACCGCAUGAUUGACGAGCUUCUAUCUGGUCGCUCUUACACGUAA